CAGUCCGUAAUACUCGUUCCAUCGGAAAUUCUUUCACCCAGCACACAAUAUCUUCCAAACACCGCCAAUUCAUUCAUAUACACGAUAAUCGAGAACGUGAAAUGAAUACGCAGUUCGUCAGCGCACUACUGUUGGCUUCGGCAGCUAUCACCAACGGGUUUGCCUUUGUCAAUACCCAUCGCUAUACAGCUUCCACCACGGCAUUGGAGGCCGGCGUUAAGAUUUACUACUCGUCGUCCACCGGCAACACGGAGCAAGUCGCCGAGUACAUUUCCAAGGCUGGUGGUGACUUGCCCAUGGACGAUAUUGGGGAUGCUACGAACGAAGAAGUGGAAGGUUUGGAUUGCUUGAUUGUCGGAGCGCCUACCUGGCACACUGGUGCUGAUGAGCAACGCUCGGGAACCUCGUGGGAUGACUGGCUCUACACAACACUGCCGAAUCUCAAAGUGGAAGGCAAAAAAGUGGCCGUAUUUGGCGUUGGUGACCAGCAAUCGUACGGCGACAACUUUUGCGACGCCGCUGGCGAAUUGUACGACCUCUUCUCCGCCAAGGGCUGUAAAGUCUUUGGCAUGACCUCCACGGAAGGAUAUGACCACACGGAGUCCAAGGCUGAAGUGGACGGCAAGUUCGUAGGGCUCAUGUUCGAUGAAGACAAUCAGUACGAACUUUCCGAAGAGCGAGCCAAGGCUUGGAUCGGCCAACUCAAAAGCGAAGGAUUCUUUUGAAACUCUAAAGGAGCUUCUAAUUUGCUAACUGUAAAUGUCAAAGUUACGGAUACUCUUGACCUUCU